CUGGAAACGGAGUGUGGUGCGGAUGGCAUUGUGAUAACGGUACGAUUUAUGGAACCGGCAACUGGCGCAAUUUUUAUCAAGGACCAUUUUGCGACAUGCCGUUCCGAGUUUGCUAACACGCUGAAUGCUACCAUGAAAAUUGCCUUAUCCAGUCUGCAGCACGACAAUCCACCAUGUCCGGGCUAUGAAACUGUCUGUUCCAUGUUAAUUUUUACUUUAAACAAAUUCUUCAGAAACUGA